AUUAGCCUGGAUGUCAAUGCGGACUCUAUGACGCCGACAGACAGCUCGUAGCCUAUUACUUUUUCAUUUAAGACAUGUUUUACCGUAGGCUAAACUGACAUGCAUACCUUUAAAAAAAGAUUGAUUGCCAUUACUCACUGGUUUUAAGGAGGUAAUUUAGGGAUCAAUUCCAUACAUUAGGCCUAUUUAUUAUGCGCAGUGAUAUUCCGCGGCAGGUUCACAUAGAAACAACAUCAAAGGCUUUUUGCGUUGCGUUGCACACACCAUCAGCAACUACGCCUUGCAAAAUGUCAAGGCGUUGCAGAAAGAGGAAGAUCAAGUGAGCUACACGACACACACAGCCAAGUGCUAACAAGUUCCCACAAGGGUCUCGCGGAGAGGUUGAAGUCGCCACGGGUUUCCAAGGAAGAGAGUUGCGCGAAAAGGUUCGUCAUGAAGGACCAAAGCUGUACUGAUGAAAUUACACAAAUCUUCCAAGAGGCUGCGCCGGCGAGACAAGCCCUGUUGGACAACUACAACAACCUGAUGAACUUGGCCGAAUACUGCGAGAAUAACUACCUGCAGGCAGGUGCAGAUGCGGCCAAGGCCCUGGAGGAGACUAAGAACUUCACCACCCAGUCUCUGGCCAGUGUGGCCUACCAGAUCAGCAACCUCGCCUCCAACGUCCUCAAGCUGCUGGAUGCACAGAACUCCCAGCUCAGACACAUGGAGUCCUCUGUCAACCUCAUCGGACAGACUGUGGACAUGCACAGAGAGAAGGUGGCCCGGAGAGAGAUAGGGGCUUUCACCACAGCCAAGAGGGUUCCCCGCAGUCACAAAAUAAUCCCCCCGGCAACAGGCAAGGAGCCCAAACCCAAGUACACCCGUAGUCCCAUCACCUACUCGGACCUGGACACACAGGGACAUGGCAUGAAGGAUUCUGGUAAGCUGCUGGGGAAACCAGGGUCAACACGCAAACAUGGCGGCACCAUCAGCAGGAGCACUUCCAGAGCACACCCAGAGCCUGUCCAGUGUCCCGUAGCCCCCUCUCUGUCUCGAGGGGCGUCCCUCACCUCUCUCCAUGAUCGCUCCAUUGGGUCCAGCUUCGGCAAGGCCGUGCCUCCCCCCGUGGUCCCCAGCUGGCCCACGUCACCUGACUCUGACAUCAUCACCACUCUGCUGAAGGAGGCCACGCCCCCACCACCGCCCCUGUCUCUGAUGGAGGAUGGUGACGCCGCCAUGACCACUCCGGCCUCUCCUCCUCCUCCCAUGGCGCCGCCUGCCUCCUCUCUGGUUGUCCCUCCUCCCCCUCCACUGCCCCCCGCAACCAGCACCCCUAAACCUGCCCAUACCAGCCUAGCCUACAUCCCCCCUCCCCCUGCCCCACCCCCACUGGAGACUGUGGCUGAAGAGAACGGCUUCCCGCCUCCUAUGCCACCACCAUCUGACGAGCCUCUCCCUCCACCAACCAGUGAGGGCCUGGAGCUCCCUGGCCCUCCCCGUCCACCGAGUGAUGAGGUGGAUGAAGCUCUGCAGCCCAGACGGUCUUGUUUACGUCGUCACCCUCCCAGCUCGCGCUCCAUGUCCCUCAGGGUCCGCAAAGGCCCUAGCUCUCGCUCGCUCUACACUCGCUCGCUCUUCCUGCCAACCAUCCAAUCACUCAUGAUCCCCCCUCCCCCGUCAUACCCCCCUCCCCUCACCCCUCCCGUGUCGCUGAGCCCCCUGUCCAGCCUGCCCGCCCGCCUGGAUCACCUGGAUCUGUGUAUCCCAGCCCCUCCUCCUCCACCUUUUACCGACAGCGUGGUGGGCUUUGAUGACGACAUGUCACCCCUACCCCCCCCUGCGGAUUAUGACACAACUGGCCCUGCAGACUUUUUGGAGAAAGUGGUGGCGCUGUACAGCUACAACUCAGGGAAGCCUGGAGACCUGGUGUUCCUGCAGGGAGAAGUCAUCUACCUGAUCAAGAGGAAUGAAGAUGGCUGGUGUGAGGGACUGCUCAACGGAGUAGAGGGAUUCUUCCCUGGGAACUACGUAGAUUCCUCCACCAGCUAAGAUAUUAGACCACUUAAAGGUAGACUCAGCGAUAUGACGUAUACGCAGAAAGUAAACAGCAUAGUGGGUCAAUUUCCUCUACAACUAAGAGUGUUGAAGCCCGAGGCUCAACUUUGUCCUCUGUUUUGGUCUUGUGGCUACCAUGUUGUACAAGUGUGAAGCGAACCCGUGCACAUGCGUAGAUUCUGUGUGUGACUGUGUGAGAGCGGAGUCGUGCAUCUCGCUUAUCACAAUAAAUGUGGUGCUGCUCGUGGCAAUGUCAUUUCGCUUAUUCUACCUGUAAUAUGAAAAGGGAAAGUAGGCUCUGUCCACAAACGACCCCUAACCCUGUACCCUAAGUCUACCUAGGCACUUUAUGUUGACCAGGAAGAAUUGGACAGGUAUAAUCAUACCUAUUCACAUCAUUGGUAAAAAAUCAAUAACUAUUGUAGCAUCACCUGUCCCUUUGAUAGGCCAGAUGGAAUUUCAACCACCAGAGUUUAGGGCUAGUGGUUGUUGGGUUGUUUCUUGAUGGGGACAUAGUCAACUAUUAGCUUUGUAGAAAGACCUCUACUGACCUCUACAGGUCAAAGUAAUGUGAACGGAAAAUAAAGCAAUAUUUAUACAAGGAUAUAUAUAUAUAUUACCAAGAGGGUCACUAGGUAGGACGACUUAGUAUCUGCUAUCUUUCAACCAAGACUAGAUACAAGAUUCAAAGUCGGCUUGCUGAUUAACCAUGAAGGUAGUGAAUACUUGGUAAAGAGGGAAAAUGCGUUGCAAGUUAUAUAAUAGCUGUAUGUCCUGUUAAGUAUUGUUUUACAAGUACUGUAGUACCAGUAUGUGAACUAGAUUGGCCUCGCUGUUGUGCUCACUAGGACAAGCCCGGAACGCUGCAAAAUGAUGUGGUAAAGUUGCAUCUGUUUUUUUUGUCAAUGGAACCAGGCCCUGUUUUGCUGCUGCAGUUUUUGGCUCUGCAUGAUGAUAUUGGUCUCUGCAUUAGAAUUGCACUAAUAUAUUUUGUAAUAUUCAAACUAAGAUGAAGUAAUAUAUGGAUUAUUGAGAAAAUUCAUACCAAAAAAAAAUAAUAUUUGUCUGAAUUCUAUCACGUGGUGAAAAUAUUUUACUGUAGUGAUGUCAUGAAAUUGAAAAAUCUGAAAGUGCUUUUCAACGUGUUCAUGUUUUCAGUUAGUUUCAUUUUGAUAUUUAGUACACCUUUUUUAGAUUGAACAAUGUUUUAUUGGCAUGUCUUUCAAUAAAUGCUUUUCCAAAU